UCGAGUCACUCUCGGUGGUGCUCAGUUUCCUUGUUUGCCCUUGCCUUUCAAUGGGCAGACCAGCGUCUGAUGAAGAUCGUUGUUGCACCAAAGGCAAUAGUGGAAUCUCUCGCGCGCUUUGAAUGCUUGCUCGGAGAUGCCAUAUUGGGACCAUGGACCUGCUGGAGCUGCUGCACCAGGCCCGGGGCUAGAUGCGGUGUGUGCCUUCGUCUUGCCGCGUCCUCGGCCUCUGCCGGGGCGGCCACCUUCCCGGGCGGCUGCGAGUCUGUCCCCUUCACUGGCAGACACAGCCUCGCUGGUUUGGUCAAACGGCGUUGCCGCUGCGACCACGGCCACUGUUGGCCGGUGCUGGUCCUUGCUCGGGCCUGAUGCAGAUGAACGGAGGUUCUUGGCCUCCUUGUUCGUGAUGAUGAUCUGCGCGGCCUUGUCAAACAGUUCCGUCGUUGUCGUCAAGGUGUCCUCGACAGUGAGCUCGAACUUGCGGAACCAAGGAAUCCGAUCUGUCUUGAUCGAGUCGCAGAAGAUCUCCUGCCCGUCAAACUUUGGAGCUGUCUCGCGCGGCUCCGAACUCGAGGUAUUGGCGGUGGUACAGAUCCGCUGCUGCAACUGUUGCGUCGCGGUCUGCUGUAACUGUGCGUCGUCCUGGAGGGAGCCGACGCGCAUCUUCAAUGCUUCGAGGCGAUCGGAGGUACCUCGAAGUCGAAGCUGGAGCAACGGCGCUGCAGGCGAUGAUGGCUCGGAUGAAGGAGAUCACUGUGUGGCAUUCGACUGCGGGCCUCUCCAAGGAAAAUGUCCCAGCAAACGGAUGUGCACUGCCAAACAAACAUGGUGGCUGGAUGAUGACGACAUUUACCAUCCGUUUGAAUGGUACCUGUGCAAUGGAGUCGUCGACUGCUAUGAUGGAAGCGAUGAGAAAAAAGACUUCUGCAAGCCUUUCAACUGCACUGACUACGGGGGUAUGAAAUGCCCGAACGGGGUUGAAUGCUUGUGGACAGAGACAGAUGACAGCUCAGAUGACCCUGUGUUCAAGUUCUGCGAUGGCAUCCCGGACUGCAAAGAUGGAAGUGACGAGGCUGGGUGGUAUUGCAAAAACCGUCUCUGCUCCACUCAUGACAGAGACGAAGAGUUCGCAAGGAAGGCCUACUUCCGUUGCGAUGGAGGGCGAUGUGUGCACAACGUAGCCUUCUGCAAUGGAACGAAGGAGUGCCGAGAUGGCUCGGACGAAAAGAAUUGCCAGUCCAAAACUUGUCCGGAGGGAUUCAGGAAGUGCAAGGAUGGUCAGACUUGCCGUGCUGCAGACCUAUUCUGUGACGGCAAGCGCGACUGCCCGGACGGAUCUGACGAAAGCCUCCAAACAUGCGGGUGUCGGGACUUGAACCAGCGGCUCUGUGCUGACAAUAAGACCUGUGUUGCCAGACGAAAGUUCUGCGAUGGAGUACGGGAUUGCCCCGACGGAUCAGAUGAAAAUAGGGAAUUUGCUGGAUCAGGCUGCAUAGAUGUGAGGUGCAAUGCCAGCAACGGCGAGUACCAGUGCCCAACGGGACCAUUGUCGAUGUCGUGUCUUUCCAGAUACAAUUUUUGCGAUGGCUGGAAGUAUUGUGCGGACGGCUCAGACGAGGAGAUAGCCAACUGCAGGAAGCUCCCAUGCAGAAGUGAUAUGUUCCGAUGUAAGGACGGCAGUUCUUGCGUAGGCCCAAAUCAACAGUGCGACGGGCGUUAUGAUUGUCGAGACAGGUCUGAUGAGAAUUCGAGCUUGUGCAAGACUUUUGACUGCAGCAGCACCAGUAGAGUGAAGUGUCCGAGCGGGGUGGGAUGCAUGGACUCGAGAGAGAAGCUUUGCGAUGGAAAACGAGACUGCGUGGAUGGCAGCGAUGAGACACGCGCUGCUUGUGCAAGCAUUACCGGGUGCAAUGCUGAACAAGUGCUGUGCAAAUCUCCCCGGAAAUGCAGGCCAGGUGUUUACUGCGACGGCAUAUAUGACUGUAGAGAUGGGGCUGAUGAGGACCCCAGCUACUGCAAGAACUACACGUGCCCGAGUGAAACGUGGCGCUGCAAGAACGAAAUUCAAUGCAUCGGAACCUUGUUGGUGUGCGAUGGGAAGAACCAUUGCAAGGACGGUUCAGAUGAGGAGGCUAGUUUCUGCCAGUCUUACAACUGCACAUCGCUUGAAGGAACAGGCUCGUCCCGCUUCAAGUGCCCAACGAAUGACAAGAAGUGUGUGAGGGGAACACUGUGCGAUGGAUACGCCGUGGACUGUGCUGAUGGUAGUGAUGAGAGUGCUGCCUUCUGCCAGACGUACAACUGCCGUGCGGAUCAGUGGAAGUGUACAAAGACUCCGCAGUGCAUCGAUGUUGAAAGUGUGUGUAAUGGAAAUGCCGUUUGCAAAGAUGGCACUGAUGAGAGUGCAGAAGUUUGUAAGACUUGGGAAUGUGCUCAGGGCUACUGGAAGUGCAAGGAUGCGAGCAAGUGCAUCUCUGCAUUCAAUUUCCUCUGUGAUGGGUCUUCUGAAUGUGACGAUGGCUCUGAUGAGUCUGUUGAAGUCUGCUCGACUAUCAGAUGUGAGGACUUCAGCAGAGCCGAGGCAGCAGCGAAGGCUGCAGAUGAAGAACGAUUGAAGCGGCGUGAGAAGAUUUUCAGCGGGGAGCAAGCAUUACUCACAUUGGCAGCGGAAUGGCGAACUGAGGCGGAGACAGGGAAGAUGGAGGAGAGCGAGACCAAGAUUGCCCUCCUCCUCUCCCAUCUCACGGACCUCCUGGCGACAUGCAUCGCGCAGCAGGAGGACAUUCACAGCCUCGAUGCCGAAGUCAAGAGUGUUCGCAGCCGCGUACAGCAGCUAGAGCAACGACCAGCCGCCGCCCCUGUGGCAAGCUCCUCCAACACAUCAGACCGCCUGGACGCAUUGGAGACUGACAUCAGCACACUCAAGGACGACACACGACUACAACAAACCGCUACUCAACAAUUGGAGCAAUGGGUCUGUGCUGCCGCAGCCAGCCCGAGUUCGGGACAGCGCGAGUCAACUCCCAAGUUUGACGGUCAGGAGAUCUUCUGCGAUUCAACAAAGACGGAUCAAGUUCAGUGGUUCCACAAGUUUGAACUCACGUUGCAGCUGCACCUCGUCAGCCAAUGCAAGCACCACGCAUACUUAUACUCCCGGUCGGGAGACGCAUGCCAGGCAUGGCUGGACAAUCUCUUGUCCCAGUACGGGGUGGUCGCUGCCGAGUUACACACGAAGAUCAACUGGGAAGACCUCAAGGCGGCGUGGCAGAAGCGGUUCCAAGUGGAGCCACCGGAGAUCAAGGCCAUGGACAAGCUCAUGACCUUCGAGCAAGGCUCGCUGCCAAGCAUCGACUGGAUUGCCGAGUACCAACGCUUGACAUCCGUCCCAGGUCUCCCGAUGGGCUUCAAAGUCAUCAAGCACUACUUCAUUUCGAGGUCGUGCCCGACGUUGAACAACGCCUUGACGCAUGUCGAGGACACACUGACAACGACGGCGCAACUGUUCGACAAGGCCGCACAAAUUAUCAUCACGAACAAGGAGGCGAAGAACCUCACUCGUGUUGCGGCAGGCCCGAGCAAGGACCAGCAUCGGCCCAAGGUGGUCGUGGUUGUGGCGGCAUCGCCAAGCAGCCAAUCUAGCGAGGCGGAGUCUGCCAAUGAAGGAGACAGACUCACAGCUGCCCGGGAUGGUGGCCGCCCAGGCCGAGACAGCGGGCUGCCCUACCAAGGGGAAGGGCAAGCAGGGAAACUGAGCGCCACCGAGAGUGAGUCGACGACACUCUCGACGCCUUCGGAACCGGUUUCUUCGCGAGUGACCGACCUUCAUUCCGGGGUGCAUGCGGAAGUCGACAGUCCUCUUCUCUAUUCUUUUGAGGACUAUGCUGCCCGGCUCGUUCCGGCGCUGGGAUCUUUUGCUCAAGGACAAGACGUGUGUGCGGCAUCUUCUCCGUCCGACAACGGUUCUUCUUCGUCUUCAAGUGGUUCUUCACGGGGUUCGGCGCGCGGGUUCAACAUAGAGGAAUUGGACCCGCUCAAGUCUGGGGAUUUCGCAUGGCUUCCUCUCCCGACCACGGGCCGCUUACCGGGACCGCAAUGCGCAGCACUAUGUGCCCAUCUUCACAAGUACUUGUCCUUCUAUGCACCACCAACUUCGCCGACGGAUGACGAGGUCACGGUGGGGGACAUCUUGGCAUAUGUUACCAAGGUGGCCCGCGAGUUUCGCACUCAGCGGUAUGACGACAAUAAUGCACCGCUGAUGUAUGUCCAAGUUGGGCAGGCGUCCUGCAACGCUUUGCAGGAGAGCGGCGCGACUCGCAACUUCAUGAGCCAAGCUUUUAUGCAAAGGGCUGGCCUCGGCACGCAGGUUCGGAGGAAGGCAAACCUGACGGCGAUCAAGUUGGCGGAUGGAAAGACGCAGCAACUUCUCGACCGUUACAUCGAGGCCGUACCGGUGUACUUCGCACCUCAUGCAUGCGAACCGGUCACGUUCGACAUCUUGGACACGGACUUCGAUAUCAUUCUGGGAAUGCCUUGGCUUGCAAGUGCGGAUCACACGGUCAACUUUCACCAGCGGACUCUCACCGUUUGCGACGCCUUCGGCGCCAAGGUGCCGUGUACUAUUCCUCUUCCGCACCCUUCGAUCCGGUGCCAAGUCGUGACGGCCAAAUCGUUCCGAACUACAUGUGCAUAUGAGCAACCCGAAGAGAUAGGCCUAUGUUUCUUGCGGACUAGCGCGGUAGCCGACUCUUCACCAUCGGACUUGUCUUCGGACCCCCGCGUGGUACGGCUGCUUGAUGAGUUCGCCGACAUCUUCGAGUCAUCUACCGGUGUGGUGCCGGAUCGGCCGAUCUCUCACGAGAUCAUUCUUGAGGACGGUGUCGUGCCACCGAAAGGUUGCAUCUAUCGGAUGAGCGAGGAGGAACUGGAGGUCCUUCGCGCACAACUCAAUGACUUGUUGGCCAAGGGCUGGAUCCGCCCUAGCAGCUCCCCAUAUGGAGCACCAGUUCUCUUCGUAAGGAAGAAGAACAAGGAUCUACGUUUGUGCAUCGACUACCGCAAGCUCAACGCGCAAACUGUGAAAAAUGCGGGGCCUCUCCCUCGUAUCGACGAUCUUCUUGAGCGACUGGGCGGUGCUAAGUUCUUUUCCAAGUUGGAUUUGAAGUCGGGGUAUCAUCAGAUUUCGAUACGCCCGAAUGAUUGCUACAAGACCGCAUUCAAGACGCGGUAUGGGCAUUCUGAGUGGGCGGCCAUGACCCACGAGUUUCGUGCUAUGUUGGAUCAGUUCGUGCUGGUCUACCUAGACGACAUUCUCGUCUACAUUCGGACUCUGGAGGACCAUCUUGAGCAUCUUCGACGUGUGUUGGAGACGCUCUGCCGUGCCAAGUACCAAGCCAACCRCGACAAGUGCGAGUUUGUCCGGCAAGAGCUUGAGUACUUGGGCCAUUUUGUCACACCAGAGGGCAUCAGCCCGCUAUCGGAUAAAAUUCAAGCCAUCCAGGAGUGGUCGGAGCCGCGUAACGUCACGGAUGUCCGUUCGUUUCUUGGUCUUGCCGGUUACUAUCAGCGCUUCAUCAAGGGCUAUUCGAAGAUCGAGGCCCACUUGACCAAGCUUCAACGCGAGGAUCGGCCGUUUGACUUCGACGAGGAUGCGCGGGAAUCUUUCUUGGCUCUCAAAGCUGCACUUUUGUCAGCGGAGGUCUUGCGAAUCUACGACCCGCUAUUGCCCACACGCGCCACUACUGAUGCAUCCGGCUAUGGUCGACCCCGAGUUCCGCGACAAGUACGCAAAUUGUUCCUCGCCCAAUCCGACACCUUCUCACUAUCGGACCAGGAGGGAUAUUUGCUUGUCCACUCGCGGGGGAAGGAUCUUCUUUGCGUACCGAGUGACCCUCACUUACGUACACGGCUUCUUGGCGAGUUCCACGAUGCUCCCGCCACCGGACAUUUUGGCGUCAAUCGAACGAUUGGCCGACUUCGCGAGCGAUUUUGGUGGCCCGGUCUUCUCGACGACGUCACACGCUACUGCGAGUCAUGCGAGAUUUGCCGACGUUGCAAAUCCCGCAAUCAUCGUCCGUAUGGCGAGUUGCGACCACUAUCGGUUCCCUUGCGCAGACGGGAGGCGAUUGCCAUGGAUAUCACUGGGCCAUUCCCCAAGCACAAGACCGGUGUGGAUGAGAUUCUCACGGUAGUCGAUCGACUCACCAAGUUUGCCAUGUUUUUGCCUUGUCGCUAUCAUGCCAAGGCACCAGAGUUGGCUGAGGUUCUCUACGCCGGUUGGAUUCGAACCAAGAGUUACCCCAAGGAAAUCGUAUGCGACCGCGACACUCGGUUCAUGUUUGAUUUUUGGUUGGCGCUCACCAAACGAUGGGGCUCAUCUCUCAAGCCUAGUUCAGCUCGCCACCCUCAAAGGGAUGGCCAGACGGAGAGGGCGCACCAGACGGCACAGGUUCUCCUUCGCACUCUCAUCCGUCCCGAUCAGAAGGAUUGGGUUGAGCGGCUGCCGGAUGUCGAAUUGACCUACAAUUCGUCCAUCCACCCGGCUAUUGGGAUGUCGCCUUUCGAGUUUGAGCAUGGCUCUCCGGUCACUUCUCCGUUGGACACCAUCGUUCCACGCACGGCCGAGAGCGACGACCAUCUUAUUUUCUUGCGUCGGAUGCAAGAGCUUCUUGUCAAGGCACGCAUCAGAUGGCAAAAACGCAGCAACGCAUGAGCCGGCAGGCCAAUCGCCAGCGUCUUCCUUGUCCAUUCCGCGCCGGCGACCUCGUGUGGGUUUCCGCCGCGGAAUUCAGCCUUGAGCAGG